GUCUGUGUUACAGAGAGAGGUGAUCCCAGCUGCCAGAAUGGCUGCCCUGCCCUCCACAUUCCACACCCUCCCCAUCCAGGCACACGAGUACCAGCUGGCCUUCAUCACUGUCCCAGAGGACCCCGAGGCUAAGAAAGACGCCCAGGAAGCCUUCGUGAAGGACGUUCUGAACCAACAGCUGGUGCUGAACGUGGAGUACAAGAACCAGGGGCAGGACAUGGUCAUCCUGCUGUCCGCUGACAAGAGCUCGGACAUCGGCCUGGGACUGGUCAAGGACGGACUGGUCAUAGUGGAGGCACGGCGCGAGAAAAGGCUGCAGAAGAUAUACUAG